AUGUCAGCAUCUGGGCAUGACUUAGGCAACUCUCAAUCUCAGGAUGUCUCUCUGUGUGUACAAACUUCCCCACAUGCUAGGGUGAAGCGAAAAAUUGCUACCCUCAUGGAGGAUAUCGAAAUCUUGAAGCAGGAUAAGUUGCCUCAUUCAAAUGUCACAGGAAAACAACUUACUACGUCUCACAGGGACGCUGUGAUUCGUCAUAUGGUUAUCCUAUAUACUCCUAUAGAAGACCUUGUCACUGAAAACGACCAGCAUUGUGAAGAGACAGAUAACGCCUCCACUGCAGAUCAGGACCGCCUUCAACAUGGCUAUGUUGAACUCAUGAAGGUACUGCUGUGGUUUCACGAGAAGCUAGCAAGUAUUGACCAUGAGGAGUCAGAGGACAUGCUUAAAAAGCUCAAGUGA